AAAUUUUGCAUACCUCUGCAUGUAUGCUUCUGUUUGAUACUUGUGCUCUGCAGACAAGGAUAAUGAAUUUUCCAAUAGUCCUCCUCUGGUUUUUGUUUCCUUUCAAGAAGCCUACUGUUUUGGUGUAUUACGGUACUCUAGUUCAUGUCAUGUGCUGCCCCUUUUUAUUUGUUUUAACUGUAUACUUUUUUAAAAGUAAAACUCAUUCUUAUUCAUUUGGGAAAUAAGUACCAUUGUGGCAACUGUUUAAGUGUAGGAAACUGUAGGCCAAAAUUUUGUACGAUGUGGCAAGUUUAGUUUUGCUUUUCCUCCCACUCUUUUAAUGUAAUUAACUUUUAUACUUUCACACCAUGCCCUCAUUCCAAUAAAUUUAGAAUAGCAUCAGGAUGAUGAAAAUACAUCACCAUUUGGCUCUAAUUUGAAUCAGAUUCUUGUGUUACAGUAUUAUCCAUUGCAGUUAUUGCUGCUAAAUGUAUUUCAGCACUCAUUCAACGGUUUGACAGUAGACACAACUAACUAUCCUGGUGCAAUUUUGAUUAUAUAUUGAUCUCAAGUAUCAUCUUGCAUUUAAAUUGAUGUGUCUCAGUUGAAUCUGUUUUUAAACACUAAAGGUGUCUUGUCAGAAAUUCGUGCAUUUCCUCCAAGCAGGUUCAUGUAGCUUAUUCACCUUCAUGAAUCUCUCUAUUUAUUACAUUACUUCUUAAUAGACAAAGCCAUUGUAUUGUGACUGAAUAUAGUAUGUAUGACUGUCCCAACUUUAUGGUGCUUUCUUGUGUUUGUUUUCCUUGCUCUUGCUUGUGAGUGGGAUUUGUGGAGUAGUGUCCUCUACUUUUGAGGAAUAAGAAGAAAAAAAUCAUCCCCUAUUGCAAUUUUAUGAUACUAAUGUGUGUUAAAAUGUUAACCAUUACUUGUACUUCCAUAUUUAGCAUUAUAAUGUUUUAUUUAUUUGCAUGGAACAUGAUUUCUAUGUCUAUCAUAAAAGUAUUUUUUACAAUUUUUAUUACAAAUCAUUUAUUUCUUGGACUCAUCUGACGGUGGCAGUUUCUUGUUUUAAAUGUGGAAUAUUUUUAUGAUUCCUAUUUAUCUUGCUUUUACCAAAUAGUUCUAUUGCAGCUCAGCUCAGUGUAGUAGUUUAGGUCUGAAGUCCUCAAAAGUUAAAUAAAGUCAUGUCAAUUUUUUAAUUAAUUAUAGAUUUCAUUUUCUUACCAUCCUUCAGUAUGCUUGCAAAUCACAGUAUGUAAUUGAUAAGUACAGUUCCUGAAGAAUAUACAUAAACUUGCCCACAAACUGGACUCAAGUGGAACCUGCUCUUGCUGGGGCUCCAAUUGUACCUGUACACAAGAAAUACAGAGUAACUAGACUGAGAGAUACAGGAAAAUUGGAAUCUAGUGAUAGUGGGAUAGUAGAGACGAAUAUUUUUGUCCGUCAGGAAUCCUCAGCCACUCGUAACCUAUUUUCUAUUUAUUGCGAAAAUACCCUAGCGUGAAUACUUGUUCUAUUCAGCCCUCAGGUCGUAUCCUACCGCCAGUUCCCCCUCCCCCUCUUUUCCUGUCUCGCGCGCUAACGUUCUUUUGUUUUUCAGUUGUGUCUUCUGCUGUCGGACUUGCCAACACCUGCCAAAAUGAAAUCAUUAAUGCAGCCGAGAAUGAGACGACCUAGAAACAUUGACAGUGUUAGAAAGGAUCUUCAGUUUUGUAUUUUAAAAUUGUGAUGGAUUUAAAAUACUCUGAGUGAUCGAGAGGUUCUACAAGAACAAGGCAUUUCAUGUCGUAGUGUUUCACACCCUCAGUCGCCAUGUCUCCUUAAAAUCAACAGAAAAACUUUGUGUGUUGUGAGUUGAAGUUUUCUGUAAACACUUCUCCGUAUUGUAUUUUAGCGUAAGCGUCAAUUGACGUUUGAGUCAAUUUUGUCACUAGCUUUCGAAUCUACAAUUUAAGCCGGCACCAUGGCGGCUCUGUCUGCGUACCAGCAGAUGAGGAGAGCCAAUCUGAACGAGAACACACAAUUCUUGAAGAAUUAUGGUCUUCAAGCACCGGUAGUGGAAAGCACAUCUGUCACAAGAGAAGAAGUCGAUGAGCCCAAGCCCAAGCGUGUCACUAAACGUGCUAAGAAGCCCAAACGUUUGCAACAGCCCAUCCCACCUGAAGAAAGGCGUUCAUCAUUUCGCAUCCGUUUGAAAGUUCAGCAAGAUUCCUUUGAGGACUAUGAAUCACUGAAAGAUAGUGAUGAAGACGAUGAUGAUGAUGAUGAUGAUGAUGAAGAAAAAGAAAAGGAACUUUUGAAGAAUUUGAGUCAACCCAAUCGUAAGCUUGCUCGCCCUCCUCGCCCCAACUCUUACGGAUCUAUUACAGGUGUUAAGGUUGGAACAUGGUGGGAAACUCGCUUGGAUUGUAAUUACGAUUACAUCCAUCGCCCCACUGUUGCUGGCAUCCACCAAGGACCUGAUGGGGCCUACUCUGUAGCCCUUUCUGGAGGGUAUGAAGAUGAUGUGGACUUGGGUCAUUUUUUCACUUACACUGGUGAAGGUGGUAGAGAUCUCAAGGGCACCGUCAAUAAUCCUAAAAACUUGAGGACUGCUCCACAAUCAAAGGACCAAACUUUAACUCGUGGAAAUUUGGCCUUGUCAAGAAAUGUUGAAACAGGAAACCCAGUCAGAGUGAUUCGGGGCUACAAGCUGAGGAGUAAAUUUGCCCCAGAAAGAGGAUAUAGAUAUGAUGGGCUUUACAAUGUUGUAAGAUACUGGGAAGCAGUUGGAAAAGCAGGUUACAAAAUUUAUAAGUAUGAAUUCAAACGCUGUGAUCCGGAACCAGCUCCAUGGGACAAGAGUGCCUCACCAGUCAAAGGUCUAUCUCAGGAUGAGGAUGAAGAUGAGACAGAAGAAGAGAAUGAAAACUGCACACUUGACGAUGAGAAGACCUCACCCUCUGAAGAUUGGCAUGGCUGGACAGGAGAACCCAUUCUUCCAAAGACCACCAGCUUCACCUUAAAACUGGGGGAUGAAGAAGAGCAAGUUGAUUUGAUUGGAGAUAAGUGGUGUAGAGUAACAGAUAUGGUUCCUGUCCCUACUGAAGGUGCCUUAAACAGACAACAAGCAGAAGGGCCUGCACAAACAACUGCCUUGUGUGAGGGUUUCAAUGUUGACUCUAGUCUUAGUGGUGAAGGUGGAGAAUGGAGAGAGGGCCAAUUUGAUGUAGAAAAUAUUGUGACUGAGGCAGAACCUUCUGUGGAUGACUGGCAUGGAUGGCCUGAUGUAGGUUUCUCUAUCCUGGACUGCCCACAAUCUUUCAAUUGUAUUCUCCAAGAAGAUAUUUAAAGAUUUUUAAGAUUUUUAAUUUUCAGUGCUGCUAAGUUUUAGACAACUGUAAUUUGGUUGUUCUUUAUGAUUGAACUUCCAUUAAUUUCAUGCAUGCUUCUUUUUUUAUCUUUCAUUCCUGUCCAUUCCAUGACAAACAAAGGCUGUACCUAUUUUAUUUAGUUUUGAUUCUGUGCUGUGAGAAGAAAUAAAGGAAAAUGUGAAAGUUCAUAA